ACUUUUUUUUUUCUCCAGUCACCAAAAAGACCUCAAUCAGACAAGACAUGGUGUGAUUAAAAAUCUAUUUUCUCUUCCUACGUAUUUACGCAGUCUAAAGACUGUAGAACUUUAGUGUCCUUAUUUGUUUAUAGAAAAGAAGUACAAUGUAAUACGUGUGUUUGUAAUGUAAAAUAUUGGCCUUAUGGAGCAAUUUUCUAAAGUCACUGAUCGAUCGCGUCAUCAAAUAAUAUUAUCCACUACAUAAUCAUGUUUGAAGAAAUUCUUAAUUAGAAGCUCUUGCGUAGAGGCAGAUAAAGUGUUUUUGUUCUUCUUAACUUACUACAAUUUGUUUCCAAAAUGUACGAGGAUUCUUCGGAGACGAUAUAUGGGACCCAUGAAGACUCCCACGUUGUGAUGUCGGAGAAGGUCCAGUCUCUGGCAGGAAGCAUAUACCAGGAGUUCGAACGUAUGAUAGCGCGGUACGACGAGGAUGUAGUGAAGACGCUAAUGCCGCUGCUGGUGAACGUGCUCGAGUGCUUGGACUCCGCCUACCAGACGAACCAGGAACACGAAGUGGAGCUGGAGCUGCUGCGAGAAGACAAUGAGCAGCUGGUCACGCAAUACGAGCGCGAGAAGGCGGCGAGGAAGCACGCAGAGCAGAAGUUGCUCGAGGCGGAAGAUCACUUCGAAGGCGAGAGGAAAGAACUAACAGGUAGACUGGAGGCCCUAGACAGCAUUGUCAGAAUGCUGGAACUCAAGCAUAAGAACUCUUUGGAUCACGCCAGCAGGCUGGAAGAACGGGAAAAUGAAUUGAAAAAGGAAUAUUCGAAGCUUCACGAGCGCUACAAUGAACUGUUCAAGACCCAUGUGGACUACAUGGAACGAACCAAACUCCUGAUGAGCACAGCCAGCGACCGGGGAGAGGUCCGCGGAAGACUUGGCCUCAACCCUAUGAGAUCUAGUGGCCCUAUAUCGUUUGGCUUCGCAUCGUUGGAGAGCUCUAUGCACAAUGUGGAGCAAACAGAGAGCAUGCCUGGCAGCCCCGUCAGCCUGUCUUCGUCUCCGCCGUCACCGCCGACCGGCUCGGACUUGGCAGCCGUGAGGACCGUGGAGUGCGCGCACCAGACUGACCCAAUCACGCAACAGAGUCAGGCAACAUCGCCAGUGGCGCCCCCUAACGCUCCCAACACUGGGAAAUCGCAGACAAAGAGCGAAAAACGAAGCGGCAACACGUUGUAUCAAGAGCUGGCAUUCCAGGAUGUUGACCCGGGCAUUGCUGAAGGCGAAGAUGCCGACAUCACAGGCAGUUGGGUUCAUCCCGGAGAGUAUGCAUCUUCUGUUAACGACAAUUAUUUCGGAAUGGGCAAGGAAGUGGAGAAUCUUAUUCUGGAGAAUAACGAGCUGUUAGCCACGAAGAACGCAUUGAACGUUGUGAAAGAUGACCUGAUAGUGAAGGUGGACGAAAUGACUGGCGAGCUGGAGAUCCUCAGAGAAGAGGUGGCCAACCUCAGUUCCGCGAGGGAGAAGCUACGUGACCGUGUCACUGAGCUGGAGGAAGAAGUCAGGCAUUUGAAGGAGACGGUGAGCACGAACGCGGGCGGUGGCGACAACAACGAGGAUGAGGCCGACGUGCCGAUGGCGCAGCGCCGACGCUUCACGCGCGUCGAAAUGGCCAGAGUGCUCAUGGAACGCAACCAGUAUAAGGAACGCUUCAUGGAGCUGCAAGAUGCGGUUCGUUGGACGGAGAUGGUGCGCGCGAGCCGCGUAGACUCGACUACCAUGGAUAAGAAGAACAAACAGAGCAUAUGGAAGCUUUUUAGUAAUCUCUUCAGUUCAAGUGAGCGUCCACAACGACCGCUGUCGACGCCUCACCUCCGCGCGGUUGCCGCUCCUCAACCAUCUAUGCGUCACUCGAGAACUCAGGCGGAUUUUUUCGAGACUCAGCUGACCGACCACCAUCAUUCGAGGAGACAUGAACGCAGCGAGCAGUUCCGACAGGUGCGGGCCCACGUCCGCAAAGAAGACGGGCGCACUCAGGCCUACGGGUGGAGUCUGCCCAGCAAGAGCGGCCAGGGACAAAAGGGCCCCAGUUCGGUCACGUCGCUUUCAUCGGGCGGCGUCCCGGUACCCGUACCGGUGUUUUGCAGACCUAUAGCUGAAAACGAGCCCCGUAUGACACUGCUGUGUGCAGCCGCCGUCAAUUUGAACGGGGGCCGCACCCCUGAUGGUGGUUGUAUGGUCGGAGAGAGUGUGUUCUAUGCCAACCAGGACGACAAGACAGAGAACACCAUGUCACUAGCGUACGAGAUGAGCAAAGCUCAGUCGGUCCAUUCUCCCGAAGUGGAACAAAUAAACCAGCAGUUGCAGUCCACUCAGAACGUUGAAUACACGGAAAAAAACUUAUCAUCCCUAGUCUGGAUAUGUUCCAGCAACCAGAAUAAGGGCAUUGUUAUGAUUAUCGACGCGAACAACCCAGCGGAGGUGAUAGAGUCGUUCCCGGUGACGGAUAAACAUAUUCUAUGCGUGGCCUCUGUGCCGGGCGCCGUGGCUGAAGACUACAGGGAAUAUCAGGAGAGAAUCGCUGGCGCCAGCGAGAAACGACACCCUUCGCUGUUCUGUGCCGGUAGAAUAGAUUCCGUGGAUGUGACCUCGAAGAACAACGGUAGCGAAGAGAACGGUGAUAAGGAUGCCGUCGUCGUCGGCACCACGCGCUUGGUCAAAGCCCCAAUACUGACGCCGCCGAGUACGCCAGUGAACGAGCCCGAAACGGCUCCGCAGCCACAGAGCGAAGAGCCGGCGGUAAAGGCCGACGAUGCCGCGCCGGCGCCCGACAGCCCGCCGCUCAGUUCCACACCUGUUAAUGGAGGACAUCUGAACUCCCCGGAACCCGGCAUCGAGGCAUUCGCCCAGCAGCAGUCUAAAACGGACCCGCCAACAGAAGCCACUCAAGAGUCUCGUAAAAUGUCCACCGUUAUGGCGACGAUGUGGCUCGGGACUAAGAGUGGCAACCUUUAUGUACACUCCGCUGUUGGCAACUAUAAGAAGUGCUUGGCUAGGGUGAAGUUAAAUGACGCUAUACUGGCCAUCGUAGCUUGCGCGUCUCGAAGCAUCGUGGCACUCGCUGAUGGUACCGUCGCUAUUUUCGCGAGGCAUGCGGAUGGACAGUGGGACUUUGGACAGUAUUGGCUGCUCACUUUAGGCGACCCUAAGUGCUCUGUACGUUGCCUAAGUGCGGUGGGGUGUACAGUAUGGUGUGGCUAUCGUAACAAGGUUCAUGUCAUAGAGCCUCGUUCACGCUUGCUACUGCACUCGCUCGAAGCUCAUCCGAGGCAGGAGAGUCAAGUGCGCCAGAUGGCUUGCGAUGGAGACGGCGUUUGGGUCACAAUCAAAAUGGACUCAACUCUCCGUUUAUACCACGCUCACACUUACCAACACUUGAAAGACGUUGAUAUAGAGCCUUAUGUGAGCAAAAUGCUCGGUACGGGCAAGCUCGGGUUCUCUCUAGUCAGGAUUACGGCACUACUGAUCAGUUCGGGACGACUUUGGAUCGGUACCAGUAAUGGAGUGGUUAUAUCUGUGCCGCUGUCUGAAGGGUCGAGUAGGGACCAGAUUGGACCCCAGCCGUCGACUUCCAGGUCGCCGGCGCAACCGGCCAUAGCGGCAUGUCCUACCGGCAACAUACCGUGGUGCUCAAUGGCGCAAGCACAGCUUAGUUUCCACGGCCACCGGGACGCCGUAACAUUCUUCGUGGCAGUUCCCGGAGUCGCCGGCUCACCAGCUCGUACCCCCGAGUCUCCGAGACGACAUUCACCGACUAUGCCACCGAUGCUGGUUAUAUCGGGUGGCGAAGGAUAUAUUGACUUCAGAAUAGCGGACUCGGAAAUGGAGGACAGUGUGGUAGUGGCCGAGGACGGCGCUUCGAGCGGCCACAGUUCGCUGGCCGAGCGCGCUUCCAAGAGCCAUUUGAUAGUGUGGCAAGUCGCGACCGCCUAACGCAAGGCCAGCCGUGUGCGACUCGACUCCGAUUCGGACUAUGUAUAUGUGUGUACGUCCACCAAACCAGCGACGCUCAUCAACGCGUAAGUUACGUAGUUAUCCUCGAGGAUUUACAAUAGGACGACGGUUAUGGAGAUGCAUGGAAUAUGCCCACGGACGAAGGAAAGAUUAGCGGAGAUGACACAAGGCUGGUAGGUCGGUCGCCUUCUUGUAGGUCAAGUACGGCAGGCGUGAUCAGUUACUAGAACUAACGGGAGGUUCGGGUUUCUUGUCUGAUCUGUCUAAGAUUGGUAUUUAUUGAUUGGUAAAGAAGGCGUAUGAGUAGGAGCCAGCAACAUAUAUCGUCCCCUGAACACCCGCAUUUUGGCGCGCUACUUUCUUUGGAAAUUUUCCUUUACAACAUCUCCGCUAGUCAUUUUGUUCUCCGCGAAUAUACCUUUAUAUGUUUGAAGCUGUUUGAAACUGUCAUUCCGUGCAUGAACCUAUGAUGUACCCCGUAGAUUGAUGUGUAUUAGAUUCUGUGUCGGAUUGAUUCACUUCGUUCUUUAUCUGUGUUAUUAUUUAAGUGAAUGUUUCUGUUCUGUCCUGCUGUAAGUUAAUCUGACAUCAAGUUAUUAUGUGUAAGAUCUAAGCAGUCACAAAUGUUAAUUGUCUUAUUUAAUAUCGAGAUAUGUAAUAGCUUAAUGUCAACCUGACCUUAUGAAUGUACCCUUCUCUAUUUCCUGUAAUCUGUGUUAUAGUUGUACUCUCUGUCACAUCUCCAAACCGUCGAAGCAAAAGGAUAAGCGAAGUGUCGGUCGAUCAGUAUUUUCUUAAGUAAAGUUUUAUAUCUCACGUGUUUGGUUGCAAACGCAAUUAGGAAUUGAUUUAUGUGUGGUGUCCUUCGUAUCCAUUUUUAUCCUAUUUGCAUUAUUUAUUAAUAUAGGAUAUGCUUAUAUGGGGAAUGAUUGUGCAAUGGACAGGAUGAUAUAAGGUCUGCUAAUUUGUUAUUGUUACUCUUCAAAGGAGUACCGUCAUACAUAUCCUAAAUUAACGAGUAAUGUGUAACUAAAUGUGUUGAUCACUUCACACACACAUGUCCGAUCGUGAUGUCUCACAUGGCAUUAUAUAACUAAGUUAUAUACACUACUACAUUGUAUCAUUCAUAUAGUUACUAUGUGUGCUUAAUAUUUGGCUAUAUGGUUUCUUGGCGCUAUAGUCGUUAUUUAAUAUUGCUCACGUCAAGAAUCGCUUGGCCGAGGGCGAUGUUUUUCUUUAAGUUGUGUCGACCUCUGUCCAAGCUUAAUCUCAUUAAAAUUAUGUACAAGAUGUAACCACCAAAUAAUACGUUUUAGUAGUGUUAGUUAGUUUAAAAAAAUAUAUUGAACAUUAUAUUAUAAUAAUAAAUACACGAUAGUUAUUAUAAAUUUUCUCAAGGAAUGUGACCAUUUCGGCUGUGUUGUCAUCUGCAUCACAAUUUUAUACUUUAAUUUAUUUUUAGAUUUUUAUGUAAUGAAUUGAAAUUAUUUCAUUUAAAAUUUUAAUUAUUUUAGAUGUGGGGCGAUACUCUUGCGAUUAAUGGAUUUAUUAAUUAAUACAUAUACAUUGAAUUUUAUGAUAUAGCUUACUUGUAUUUUAUGAAUUUCUAAGCAAGUGUAUCGCUCUCGAGGUAAGUAGGAAAUUUUAUUUCGACUGAAUCUUUUUAACGUAUGCUAUGAAAUUAUUUUUAUUAUUUUUCAUUUUAGUAGUUGCUGGUGUUAUUUUUAUCAAAUGACUUAUGGUGCAUAAAUAGAUUAGGUAUAUAAUAUUCUAUUGUAUUCACUAUGUCACACGUGAAUGUAGCCAUCACUAAUAUCUGGGGAAUAUAAUAUAACUGGAGCACACGAUACACGAAUAUAAUGGUGGCAUUCGUAUAACGCUGCUUUAUUCAAUAAAUAUCAUAGUGCUCGCAUCAGGUCUAGCUACAAUAAUGUAACAGUACUUGGGUACCAAAGUUAUUGGCCUGAAUGCGCCGCACGGUUCGUGUAACAAAAUCAUAAUUAUUUACACGACUCAUUAAAUAACCUUCAUGUAAAGUAACAGUUAUUUUUGUAAAUACAUUCGACACGUUUUUCUGCUCGUGUGUACUCAUAUUCUAUUGGAAGUUAUAGUUUUAAUUAGUGCUAUAUGGAUCAUAACGUUAAUAUAUUAAGUUAUUAAACAAAAGAUUACAGCGAACGCUGGUUCGAGGGUGUAUAGACGAAAACAGCUUAGUGUGGGCUUCUGAUUGAAAAGUGAAAUAUUCAUGAGUCUGCAGUUUGGCUAUCUUUCAGGUAGAUGCUGUCACCGGUCCAUGUCACAUGCGAUGUAGUGAACCCUCGCUUUAUGUCGUUUCUAUGUGUAGACCUACUUAUUUAGUUCAGAACGCUUUCGCACACAUUAUCAAACAUCCUUAUAUUAUUUUCAUACGCUAACACAUUCUACUUGAGAAGGUUUUGCAUUAUUUUAUCAUUAUUAACCAUAAAACAAUUACCAAUUAAUAUUAUUUUACAAAUAAUUAUUGCUAAUAAUAUAUACACUAUAAUAGACUAGUUGACAAACAGUUGUGCUAAUACACGUAGAUAACGUCUCUUUCCGGGUUACUGCAAUAUUAAACAAUCUUUAAAUACAACCGUAUUUUAAUAGCAGUAGUGAUAGGUUCUUGUGGCGUGCCUAGAAUGGAAUUUGAAGUAAAUAGAUCUUGGAAUUUUGUAAUUAUUAUCUACAUUGCAUUCAAAUAAAAGUGUUCACCUUUUAAAAUAUCAUAAUUAAUAUUAACAAAAGUCGACAAGCGAACCAUUUUAGGACAGCUCGAAUCGAUGUACUCGCGUAGUUUUCGAUUCGUUCCCAUUGGCCAGUUAAAUCCUGAACCAUCGUUGACUGUAAGUGCUAGUCAAAAUAUCGACAUAGUAUUGUAAAUUUAGAUAGGCUUACAUUGUUUUGCUAACGUAGCUGUAAUCGAGGUUGAUCACGCAGUACUCGCUGUUGCCGCGUGGGUGCUCAGCAGCGGCUCACGAGUGCCCGGUGAUACGCGGACAAAACAUCGGUACAUUUGUGAUAACAUUUUCAUAAACGAACUUAAGUAGCGUUUCAUGGUGUCUGCUCCACAAAACCGCGCGCGGAAGCUCUUCUAUCUUAUAAGAAGUAGCACCUCGGUCAGAUGACGGCGAUGAGAUUACUUCUAGCAAAUAUGAGAGAAAUACUAAUGGCCUUUACGCUGGGUCAUAAUGCGAAUAGAUUAUGAAGCAGGUUUUACUUAGGGCUAAGAUAAAUAUUUGAACCCAGCUUUGCAAUGCGACGGAUAACGUUGAGUUUAUUUAGUUACUCAAGCGAUAGAUCGUCUGCGUAUGCCUUGUUAAAGGAGAACUAAGUCAAGAAGGCUUUAUGUACUGAACGUAGAUUGUCUUUGUUCGUGUCUGUUUGUAUCUAAGUGCUAGGUGUAUUUCGAUGCUAUUGCUAGGGUGCGUUUUGCUAACAACUGAGAUGUUCUCACGUUAAACAAACGAUAGCUAGGUAAUGUACCGAGAGACACUUGUCUGUGAAUACUAGAUAUUUGUGAUCUGAUAUUAUAGGUGUGCUUAGUUAGAUACCAAUCUUUACCGGCCGAGGUUCUAAAACCACUAUUUUAGGCGGUUCGUUGGUCACUUAAAUGCAGAUGCAAGAGUUACCGCGUGUGAAUCGAACUUAACGUAUAAUAUGACUGAAAACGCAUAAUACGUGUUGAAAUUGAAAAUUAUGUUAUGAAUUGGCUAUUAUUUUUAUUUGUACUUACUUUUGUAAUUAUUUUCGUUUCCUGUUACUUCAUUGUGUAAACUGUGACAUCAAAAUUUAUUAGCUCCGUCUAAAUGAUUCCUGCGAAGGAUAUUACUGUGUUGUAAUGGAAGGAGUUUUACACGAAGUUCUACGACUUUUUUAUGUUAAAACUUCUUUCAUUUCCACGCUGUGAACAGUCAGUAGAUUGGCUACAAAAUGUACAAAUAGGUCACAUCUAUGUUAAAUGACUUGCGUUUAUUGAAACAAUAUGUAGAAGUGAUAAUACGUUGUUUGUAUGUUGUAACCUAUUUACUUUAUACAGAGUAAUAAUACCAAACUAGCAUUAAUGGGUUUGUAAUUAAUCAUUUCGUAUAUUGACUUCUGCAAUAUUAUUUUAUGGAAAUUAUUUUUUAUUUAUUUACUUUUUUGUAUUGUAAAAAUCGGGACUUAUAAUAAUCUUUUUUUUUAUAAAUUUGAGUCAUAUUAAACGUAAAAAAGUCAUGUAAUAAUACUACAUAAUAUUGAUUACUGAUAUUUUUUCUGUUUUAAUUGCAAUUAAAGAUGCUGAAAAUUA